AUGACACAAGAAAGACCGGAAUUAAAUUAUUAUAUUAAAGAUUAUUGUAAACGAAUGAGUAAAGGAAAAAUGAGAACAUAUGAUCAACAAGAAAACCUUCCAUGGCAACUUGAAUGGAUUUGGCAUGUUCAUCGACUUCAUUCAUUGGCUUAUCUUAAUGAUUAUUGUGAUAAACAAGAUAAGUUAAAGAAAUCAAAAAACCUAUUUUCAUCAAACAACACUAAUUUACAAUUUAUUCCGUCGAUUGAUUUAAGAAGUGCUGUUAUUCGACAAAAAGAUUUUAAUCGUAGUAUUCCUAAAAAUAAUGAGCAAUUAUAUAGUAAUCUAAUAUCAUCAAAAAUGAAAUCAUUAAAACAUUUGAAUUUAAAUUUUGAAAUAUGUGAAUGGGAACAUAAUAUGUACAACCAUGAAGAUUAUGUUGAUUUGAAUUAUAAAGAAUUGUCAAUAAGAAAAAACUCAUUAAAUAGUUUAGAAACAAUUAUUAUUGGUUAUAUUCCUAAAGGUAAUCGUGAUUAUUCAACAACAAGAAUAUCGUUUUAUUCAUUGAUUGAUAAGUUAUUACCUUGUCUACCAAAAUUAAAGAAUUUAAUUAUAAAUUCAAUUUAUUUGGAUGAAUCUGAUUAUCAAUAUUAUCAGCAUAAAAAGUCGUCAAUUGAAGGAAAAAAAUCUGUUAUUCCAUCAAAUUUAAAAGUAAUCAAGAUUUGGACCGAUAUGACUCAGUACAAAGAAGAGAAGAAAAAAUUAAAAAAAUUGUUACGAAAUUAUUUUAUGAAUGACAGUUCAUCAGACACAACAACAAUUAAAAUAUUUACUAUUAACAAUAAAAAUGUUUUAAAAGAAAAAUUUUAG